AUGUUGACCGGCAGCAACCGCGGCGCUCUGGCAGACUUGCUUUUCUCGAAACUCACCACAGAAUGUAACUCGAGGCCCUCGUCCUGCCGUCGCCCGGGCGGCUUUCCGCUCGGCGGCGUGCGCGGCCUGCUCACGGACCCUACUCCCCCCGGGCGCUCUUUGCGCGACUCAAGCGGCGCCCACAAACCCUCUCCGUCAGGCGACGAGGCUGCCUCCGCCUCGGGCGUUCUCUCGCUGCAGAGAAAAGGAGGAGCGAGACUUCAGGAACGCCGAAGCGGAGGCGGCGUGGAGCCCCGCGAGCCCACGCGGGCGCACUUGGGCGUGGAAACGCCGCUUGCUGCGGACAGAGCGACUCACGCGGGAACUGCCGAGGACGCCGCGCGGGAGGCGCGCUUCGCGCCCUCGUCCAGGCGCGGCGAACGCAUAACAAACCCUCCAGGGCAGGCGCCCCCAGGGCGCCUCCUGCGCGUCGACCUUGAGAGCCGACGCGGUAGAGACUUCACGCGGGCCUUCAACGCGAGCCUCCGCGGACGUUCUUGGGCUGAACUGGGCGGGGACAGAAAGCCAGGUAGAGCGCGCCUCGGAAACGCACACGCAAGCAAGCACGAGGGAAAAACUGCUGAAGAAGCGGGCGCCGACCUUCGCCGCGCGACCUGCGCACUCACGCCAGACGCAGUCCGACCUUUCGCCCCGUCGUCAGGACUCGAAGCCCUGCAUCCGAACGCCCUCCCGCGAAGCAGCCAAGUCGCCGCUACGGCGCAGCCGUGUAGCCGAGAAGGCGCAGAGAUGCGUGCGGGAAAGGAGCAGCUUCGUCUGAACUCCGAGCAGCUCGGUGGACGCCUGGGCGGGGACCACGAGGCGCGAGAAACAAGAGUUUUGCACCUGGAGUUUCCCAAGACGCGUGGAGGCGCGCGGCACGCUGAAGGCGCGAGCUGCGAUCGGAAGCUGGAAGACGAGGGAGCGGCGCAGGUGGCGGCUUUGCAGCCGGCGCAGGAGGCGGCUUUGCAGGCGGCGCCAGGCGAGCCGGUCUGCGCGGAGACGCGGACGAGGGACAGAGAUCGCGUGAGCUGGACGCGGGCAGGUUGGGCAACCGAGAGAGAGCAAGCAGAGCGCAUGGGGAGGGCCCGAAGGGGGGGAGAGCGCGACUUGGCGGGGGGGCAGGCUCCGACAGCCGACCGCCCAGCCGACCGCCGAAGGAGAGUUCAAGAGGCUUGGGACCUCGCAGAGUUGGGUCGCCUCUCGGGGGAAGAAGCAGAGGAGGCAGUCGUGGUUAUGGAAGUUGCGCGUGUCUUUAAAAGAUCUCUAAAGCAGCUGUUGGCGCCCCCUGUUCAAACCCGUGCGUCUCCCUCGACCGCUGCGCAUGCGGCUGCGCCCUCGGCUUCAGGCUUCGCCUCCUCGUCGUCCCUUCUUCAGCAGCUCCUUGCCCUUCCCCCCGCCGGCGGCGGCGCGGCCUCGCAGGCGGAGGAGCCUUCUGCGCAGGGGAAGACGCCCCUCCUUCUGCGUUCCACGCGGCCGCUGCUCUUCGCCUUUCUCUACCAGACCCAGGAGCGGCAGUUCGCGUACGCUCGCCAGCAGCGCGAGGGGCGAGGACAAGAGAGGCACCCAGAGGAAACCGCGGUCGCGCCGCGGGCCGUGCGACUGGGGCAGCGCCGUCUGCUCAAACUGGAGGAGGAGCUGGCGUCUCUACAGCGUGAGAUGCAGACGCAGCGCGAGGCACCCAAGCGACGAGCGCCGGCCGAAGAAAGGGGACUGCAGAUCGAGGCGGAGACUCUUAUGGUUCCCCCCAUUUUCGCCAAACAACUAGAAGACGUACUCGUGGAGAAUAUGGAGAGGUUUUCUCUCGUUGACCUCCACCUUCUUUUAUCUCUUGCGUCGGCACAAGCAAGCUUCGCCGUCUCACGCCUGCCGUUUCCUUCAGCCGUACGUACCCUCGGCGGCGGCGGGGCGGGAGGCGGGGUUUCUGCCUCUCGGUUAGAGGCGUCGUUUCCCCCGAGCGGCUCAAGCCGUCCUUCCUGCGUGGUGGGCUCUCUCCCGUCUCCUUUCGCUCUUGCGGAGGAGCCUGACGUCUGCGACGAGGGCGCGAGGAAGGCCCCGAGUCAGAAGGCGUGGCUGCUUGACGCGUUGCUGUCGCCGCAUCUCCUGUCGCGUGCGGCAGACGUCGCGGGUCACAGACUGAAACAGCUGCAUACCCAACGGCGAAAGUGCGGCGAGGAACUCGGGCGGCUCCGCCCUCUUUUCUCGUUUGAAGGGGAGUCUCGCCCAGCCGCAGGCGAAGACCGAGAAGGCCCGUUCCCCCCCCGGCGAGAGAAGGCGGCGGCAUCACAGGCUGUGGAGAAAGAGGGCCGCAGGGACCCUCAAGAGGCCCGCGGCGAGCCGCCGGCCUGGCCACGGCUCUCCACGUCUCUGUCGGGUUCCUCCUCGCCCGCAGCACCCGUGUAUCCUUCCCUGCUAGGCGCCUCACACAGAGCGCGACUCGAAGCCGCCUGGCGAGACGACCACCGGCGCGAUGCAAAAACUGUUGAGCGCCUGCUGCUUCUGUUUGUGACUCUCCACGCCCGCGUGGCGGCGAUCGCAGCCUCCAGCGGGACGCAGGCGCCUUCUUCUCUCCUCUCUCUCGCGCCUCCUUGCUCUGCUGAUCUGCCCCCCUUCACGGGCGUCACCCCUCACACGGCUUCCGCUGCUUCUUUGCGGCCCUCGGCGUCCUCUGCGUCUCCGCCUGUGGAAGGGGAGUCUCGCCCUGCGACGGUCCCGCCGCCGCGCAAGUCUCUCGCCAGCCCAGCCUUGAUCAGCGCCUUCCUCGAUUCGCUUCUUCAGCUUCUUCAAACGCGCUCUCCGCUCUCUCCUGCGCGCCCGCCCUCACCUCCUUCGGCCCUGCGUGCAGCGAGCUCCUCCAAGAACGAAGCGGGCGCAGAGAAGCCGGGAAGGCCACUGCAAGGAGCAGCACAACCGCGCGAGAAGGCGCGAGGAGACCAACACCCCCGACAAAAAGACGGUACAUACGCGAACCGACACGCCUGUAAACACGAGAUGCGGAAGCCCCCUGAGUCGCAGGACGCCGACGCGCCCACGUUGCGCGACCGUCCGUGCGACGCGCCUCUUGGUGAGGCCGCGAAAGGCGAAGCAGCAAGAGAGGAAGCGAAGACAACUCGCGCGACAGAGACACGGACCCGCGUGACUCAAGAACAGCAGAAGCCGGACUCACUGCAAGCGACGGCAGGCCUCCGCGACAGCGCCCAAGGGCAGUGCUUUUUAUCUUCGAAGUCAACAAACACACAGGCGCUGGACACUUCGUUCCUGCUUCAUCCGUCUUCUCUCUCGCGCUUGCUUCUCGCUUUCUUGACUCCGUUCUUCCAACUCUCCCUGGCAGCGACAGCCACGAGCGAAGCGGCCAGACGAGGCGCCUCAACGACAGAGGAGCGAGCGCUGUCGGUCUGUGGCGCACUCCGCGAGCAGCUCGAGCACCAGAAAGCAAAAAUGAAGGAAAAAGAUUUGCAGAGACUCGUGGAAACUCUGCUGGCACUUCGCGCGCUUCAGCGACCGCACCCAGCAGCCCCCAGCCCGUCCGCGGGGCGCCUCUCAGAGUCCGUCUUGACGUCGGGUGCUUCAUCCGCGCCAGAUUCCAUCUCAACGUACGCUUCGGGUUUGAACCAAGGCGAGUCGACAUCUUCUCUGUCGUCUCUCAUGGGCGAUUCCUCAUUGCCUCUCUCGUCUGCAGCUUUCCCUUCGUCUACGUCGAAGGUACCCUCUUUUUGCGCGCCGCUCUCAGACUCCUCCAUUUCGAGUUGCGCACCUCCUUCAGCUCUUUCGUCUUCCGUGGUGGCGGCUGUCGCCGAAGGAAGAGGAGGCACAUUGUCGCUUACGUCUUUGGCGCCCUUCGGUGCCUCCGCGACCUGCGGCGAGGUGCGCGCAGCGGAGGCGACACACCGUCCAGACGCGGCCGAAGGCGCGGCGUUGCCUCAGGAGACGGGGGGGCACCUUGAGCAGAAGGGCGUGGAGGGGGAGAGGAAACGCGGAGAAUCGGGCGCGAAUGCGCGAGUCGACGCGCGAGUUUGGAAGGAACUCGAUGACCUCCUGGAGUCUCUUCUGGCUGAGAUUCUUCGCAGAGACAAGCACCUGGCGUCCGGCGUGUCUCCACCUCUUCUCGCGCUCGCACUCCGCUUCGUGGACGAACGCGCUGGCCUCGUGGAGACCGCACAUCUUCGGGAGCGCAGGGGCGAGGCGACAGAGGCGGCGGAGGAAGUCCAAGCUCUCGGGGAUCGCUUAGAGAGGGAAGACCGAGACGCCAGACUGAAGGAGAUGCAGGCGGCGCUCCGGGGUCUGCAGGGCGGCGCGCGGCGCGGCGAAAAGUCAGGGAACGGGGGGUGGGGGCCUCCCGUGGCUAGCAAGCCCUGUGGAAAAGAGGCAGAAAAUCCUGCGCCGGCGUCGACGGCGCCUGAGCUGCAGGCCGAAGCAGACGAGAAGGCGCGGCACGAAGAACUCACAAAGAAGGAAACACGGACUUCCGCGUCGCCCUCGGCCUCGUCUGCUUAUCCUCCUGUCCCUCUCUCGCAUGCCGCCGUCUCGGGGUCCGCGGUUCCUUCGUCUGUUCUCGAGUCGGGCGCGCCAGCAGCGGCCUCCACAGGCGACCGCCUCUCCAUCUUGCAGCCUUUUGCAGCCUCGCUCCUCCCUGCCUCGAUGGCGUCUCAAGCUCGCAGCGUCUACGGCGCCUCGGUGCGCCUGGGCGAGCCGCGGCUGAACCGGCGCCGGCUGCAGCAGGCGCUGCGCGUGCUAGAGGGCUUCAGCACACUCACGAAGAAGCUCGAGACGAAGCGACGGGAGCGUGAACUCUUUCGCGAACUCGUGACUUUCCUUCUCACGCAAGAACGCAAGGAGACAAGCGAGCGCCGACUGCGGGGAGACACGAGCUUGAUCACAGUUAGCAGCCCUCCUAACCUGGUGAAGCGCGGCAUGGAGGCGUUUCUGCGGCAGAAGCAAGGCGGAAGGCGAGUUGCCCUCUCGCUCCAAGACUCGCUGCUUCUCUCGUCCUGCUCUCUACUCUUUCACCUGCAGCUCGGCAAACUCGCGGGCGCACGACAGGGUCGGGGAAACUGUCUCCGCGCCGCCGUAGGCGCAGACGUCUCCAGAAGCGAAGAAUGGUCGCGCCCCGCCUGCGCAGACUCACGGCAAGGCCUCGCCCAAGAUCGAGGCGAAGCAGGCGCCGACGCGACUCUGGCGGGCCGAAUGGGACGGCGCGACGUCGACGGAGAGGGAGAGACGAGGGCGCUUCUUCACCGGCUACGUGACGCCGAUAUUCCGUAUGUGGGCUCUGUGGGGGUGAUUAAGGAACUGCAGAGGCUGCUGUUGCUUCCGCCUGAGAGCUGGGAGCGGCAUUUCGCGUCGCUUUCGCUCAUUCGGCUCGCGCAGCUCCUCAAGGUCUCGGGGCACCACUACGCCGCGAUCCAGGCAUUCCUCAAGCAAAACGAAGAGGUCCUGAUUGUGCCGGGGGAGGCGAGCGCAGCGGAAAGCAGCCUGAAGGGACUGAACGCCGAAGGCCUGCCCGCGGGCGUGCGCCCAGCCGCGCGGACUGGGCGGAGACGCUCUGCGCUGUCGGCGUCUGCUCCGUUCGCUCGAGGAGGCGCAGCCCGUGACGCGGCUGAGGAGGAGGUGGCUGAGGCGGGCAGCGAAGUCAAGGAGAGGCGACAGCUCCAAGCAAGCCAGGACGCGAGCGAAGAGCGCGCAGGCGCCUGCCUGCAGGAUCGGAAUGUGAGGCGAGUGCCAAGACUGCAGGCCGCCCUCACAGGGGCGUCACAGGCGGAAGCGGCGGCGGUGGAGGGUCGGGAGGGAGACGCCCUUGGCUCUCUCCCCGCUGCGGCUUCGGCGACACGCCAAGCAGACCCAGUCUCCUUUCUCUCCUUUGCGGCAUCGCCCGAGGGACGACUGGAUGCGUUUCUUCUCACACUUCUUCGCGUCCUUCUGCUGCAGCUUUAUCGCCUGCCAGCCAGGCCCUCCUCCGCGUCGCGGGCCUCUCUCCCUGAGGAGUCUCCUCGUCCGCCGGAGCCCUUUUUCCCCUCUGCGUCUUCGCCAGCUGCGUCCCUCGCGCCUGCGCCUGCGGCCGCAGAAGCCCCGCCAACAGGCGCGAGCGUCUUCUCGGUUUCACCCCUCUCCCCGUCCGCCGCCCUCCCUGGCGCUCUGUCUCUGCUGUCCGCGGAUGCGGAGCUUCCUCUGGCACCCUCGCCUCCGUCGUGUGUCGCUGCGCCCGCCGUCCCGAGCGUCUUCCACAGCGUGCCGCAGUCCGCCGCUCUCGCGGUGAGCCUUUUGAACGCCCUGGCGAUUCUUCAGCAGCAGCUGCGCGAGGCACCCGCGGACUCCUUUGCACGCCGCAGCGACCAGGGUCGCGGCGCGGUGUCCCUGCAGUGCCUGGUUUGGAAGGCAGCCGAAGACGUGGUCUGCAUGCUCCUUACCGGCGAGAGACUGCAGAAACUGUCGCUGCUCCACUUUCUUCGGCUCGCCGUCGCCAGCAACAGUCUCUUUCUCGCCGCAGCGCCUCCUGGCGCCCCGAUGCCUCCCUCCGCCGAUGGCCAGGGACACACGGCGUGGUCGCCGCAGACAGAGAAAAGCCGACGCCUGGGGACGGAGUCACGCGCCAGUUCGGCGGCAGAGGGGCUGGGCGGACCGGAGACGCCAGGCACCGCAGACGCUCCCGAAGGAAAGCGAGAAGGGGACGUUCGCGGGCACCGCGGUCCAUCUCAGGGCGACGCAGAGGCAUACGAGAGGGCCUUCGGCACGCCGCGCCAGGCGCAGGGCUGUCCCCGGACUCUCCUGCCUUCUCCCAGACUGCGGAGACACUUUCUCGCGCUCGCGGCGACCGCGGCCUCGCUGCUGCAGCCGCGAGCCUCUGGGGACUCCGCGGCUGUCUCCAGUGCCCGCCGAACGGGGACGGGAAGCGGAGAUGCCGGAGACGCUUCUUCGCGCGAAGGAGACGCGCCAGGGCGCGCCCGUGACAAAUUGAGAAGUGGCGAUCGAGCCGAAAACGCAAGGCUUACGGGGACUGGGCGCACGGAAGCAGAGAGCCUGGCGAGACGAAGCAGGCGCGAAGGAGCAGAGGGACGACAGCCAGACAGGCCGACAGCGGUUUCGCCUUCUACUGCCGGGGGGAAGACUUCCAAGGACUUAGCGCCGCCGCUGGGAGUCUCCUGUGCGAUUCCGGCGACAGCGCUCGCGCCUCUGACGCGGUGCUUUGCCGAGGGGUACAGACACCUGCGAGAGCUGUCUCUACAGGCGAAGCGGUGGGAGGUGUCGGGCCUUCGGGACCGCGAAGGAGGGCGCCCCGUCGGCGCCCUCCUGCCGGCUCUCCCGUCUUCUGCCUCGUCUCCAUGGCAUUUCGGGCCGGAGUUGAAUGGUGGGCGAGCAGAGGACGGCUGCCUGCGCUCCACUCUGCUGUCACUUCGAGGGGAAGAAAUGGAUAUGCUAACGGCACUCGAGGAAGCUUACGAGGAGGUGCUUCUUCUCCUAGCUGCGGCGGCAGUCCGGGCACACCAUCGGCUGGCCAAGGGAACUCAUCUGAAGGCAAUAGGCCAGGCACUGCUCUUUAGCGUCGCGUCGCCUGCGUUCCUUCCUUUUUUCGCUUUCGUUUUCUCUCCCUCGACCGGAUUGUCAAGCCGAACGAAUGACAGACUGCACCCGGGGGGCGGAGAAGCGAAGUUCGAGACGGCCCUCGUGCCGCCUGGCGAUGUGGAGGCGGCUGCCACUGGCCUUUGUCUCUUUCUUCGAUAUCUCGCUCGUUGUCGGCUGGAACCGAGCUCUGCCUUGUCGUCCGCAUCUCUCCAGGCUUUGCGGAGCUCCGGUAGUCCCGCGUCAUCUUCAUUUUGCGUGCCGGAGUCUCCUUCUUCGUCGCGAUCUGCUAUUUCAUACGCGGCUACCGCGGCCUCCUCCGCUGUCCCCUUCCGGCCUCCUCACUCCGCCGCGGCAGUCCUGCGCAAAGCCGUCGCGUCGACCGCGUCCGCUUCUUCUCUCCUCGGCUCCUCAGCUCAGCCUCGCAGCGACGCCCCGUUGCCGCGUGAAGGGGACGCGAGAGCGCCUGACUCUCCCCCAUCUGCAGGGCAUUCCGCGGAGACCUGGAGAUCGCCCGCGAGCGCUGGGCGCGGAGAGGGAGGCUCGCUGGCAAGCACGCGCGGCAGGCGCAGACGCGCGCCCUGGCACGGAGCUGGACGCGCGCGUCCUUCGGAAGAAAACUCCCUGAGGCGGGGCUCCGCCGGCGAGGCGAGAGGCGCCUUUGAUCCUGGAGACGAGUCAGCCGCGGGCCUCCUGAGGCAGCUGAUGAACCUCUUCGUGGACGCGGCCGAGCUCGCGGCAAGACAGACUGACGCGCCGCCGGGCCUGACCGCCUCUCAGGAAGGGAUUAGUGGCAGAGAGAGGGGCCGGGGCGAACGCCGAGUCAGCGAAGACGAGACGUCUGAUGCGCAUAAACCGCGAGAGGACAGCGUCGCGGGCGGUCGCGCAGGUGCGCGGGAGCGCGGGCGGAGGCGCAGAACGGAGCUCUAUCUCCAGGCUUUGCGGCUGCUCAGCGAAGAGAACGUUGGCAACCUUUUCGGCCGCGCUCUUGCAGUGCCCGCGUCUCACGAGGAGUCUAAGGAGUUCGCGGACUUGAAAAAGAGAACGAUUCGUGCUCUCCUCCGUCUCGCCGCUCCUCCCUUGUCGCCCUGA